AUGCCAGCUGAGUUCGAUCACCGAGCUCUAGGAAGUUCCUUGACCAUCUCUUCAGAUUCCUACAGAUUUAGAGACAACGAGGUGUUGUUCCAAUUCAGCAGCCCAUCCAAUCAAAUCGAAAUUGCUGAAUGUGGUGUCCAGAUCUUGACAACAGACGACGAUGAUGAUGAUGAUGAUGAAAGCAUUCUCUCUGCUGGGAGCUCUAAAUCUUCUUCAGAACAAGUGACUGGAGACGACUAUGAAAGUCUCUCUGAUGGGAGCAAUGAGUUUGAUGAACCCAGACAGUAA